AUGACGAACAACCAUUCCUCUGAAGGUAGCAAUUUACUUGAUUUUUUUCGAUCUCUUCUCCCAUCAUCUUUUCCAUCCCUUUGUGCCCGCCUCAACCUCCUUGGCCCUCCCAGCGCCGGUGUGGGACGAACUGGCACUUUUAUCGCGAUUGACAUGAUGUUGCGUCAGGUGUUGAGUAACGUCGAAUGGAUAGACCCAUUCUCAGUUUGCCUGCAUCUUCGCUAUUAUCGCAAGGCAAUGGUACAAGUUGAGGUAACACUUUCACAUUUAUACUUCACACAUCAACUUUACACAUGCUUAUUGUUCACACGUUCCUGA